GGAAGGUUAAACUUUCCAUAAUGUCCAGCGUGGCAGCUCUUACAACAAAUGCCUUUGCCUCCCGCAGCGACUGAGAGGAAGUGAUCCCGUCCCUGGAUCCUUUUAUAAUAAGCAGCUUUUACAUUGGAUCCUGGAUAUCUGUUCCCAGUCUUGUGGAUAGCGGAUCCCAAGGCCGACAUGGAUUUCACAAUGGGGGACUCUCUGGGUUGGAAUCCUGAUUUCCCAAUCUCCGAUCCCAAGGGGACCAUGAGAGACCUCAAUGAGAGACUGGCUGAUUUUAUGAAACACUGCUACGACCUAGAAGAGUCAAAUCGCAUGUUGCAAAGGAAGAUUGAAGAACGAGUGAAAAAAUUUGCCCCCGUGGGGUAUGACUGGCAGAAAAAGGAGAAAGAGAGCAACGACCUCCUACAGUCAAUUAGAGACACCAUUAUGCAAAAUGCUACGAUCUCUCUAGACAUCGACAAUAACCUCAUGGACCUCACGCUACUUAAGGAAAGGCGCUAUCAUGAGCAAUAUGAGCACAAAGACAUUUUAUACAAAAAGAAACUUGUGGAGUCGGUGUUUGUGGAAAUCAACCUUUCCGUGGGAGACGUAGAACUGGCAAUAAAGGACAAGAUGGCUGAACUGAGAGACUUACAGCUGAGUCACCAAGAAGCAGUCCAGGCUGUGCAGCAGUUAAUUCACCCUAUCGAUGAGAUUCAGUUUGCCGUGGUGGAGGAUGGGAGCAGGAUGGAACUGUCCCAGCUCCUCAAUGAGAUCAGGACACACUAUGAAUCGCUCAUCAGCAGCACUCACGUACCCAACGACCUUCCAACCAGCACCCAGCUAGAAGAAGAAGCACAGAAGAGAAUGGAGAAGGAAGAAGAGGAGCUGAGAGAAGCCAGAGCCAACCUCAAUGAAGCCAGGAGACAGUGGAAAAACCUCCAAGCAGAGAUUGACACUCUCCAAGCUUUGGAAAGGAGCCUGAAGUACACCCUGCACGCUACCAAGCAGCAGCACCAGAAGCAACUGAAGGAUCUGGCUGCCGUGAUUGCUGAUUUGGAGCAAGAGCUGAAGGAGGUGAGGCAAGGGAUCCGCAUCCAACUCCAGAAGCACAAGGUGCUCCUCAAUACCAACAUGAAGCUGGAGCAUGAGAUCUCUGCCUAUCGAACCCUACUGGAGAGAGAAGAAAUGAGGUUGAUUGGCACCGAUACUGGGAAAUUUCAAGAGCAAAAACCAUCCACAAGCAGAAUAGCCUUUGCCUUUCCUCCGGGUACUAGUUGGGAUUCGGAGACGGAUGCUGAGCAGGAGGCUUCACAGAAUCAGAGUGAAACGUGCAUUGAGGAGUCUGGGAGCUGGUUCAGCGAGGAUGAUGAAAGCUCAAGUGUCGAUAAGAUUGCUGAGAGCGACAAUGAAUCCAAACCAAAGUGGCCGCUAUUUAACGGGAAAAUCGAGGAAGAAGGUUUAGAAGCAAGCGGAACGGUUCAAACGGAGAAAGUGGACAAAGUCAUUAAGGAAUGGGAGGGAUCGUUCUUCAAAGAUAACCCCAAACUGAGGAAGAAAUCGGUGUCCCUGAGAUUUGACCUUCACUUGGCUGCGGCUGACGAGAAAAGACCUCAAGCCAAAGAGGUCAAUUUAAAAGACAUAGAAGUCCGGUUGAUAAUGAGACGCUCGUGUAGCAUUCCUACUAUGAGCCCGUGAGAUGCUUCCAACGAAUCCAAAGAUAACGGACAAAAUGGAUUUUGUGUUUAAGUGCAUCGAUACUACGACAAGAUGAAAGGAGCUAUGUUUGUUCCUGCAACAAAAACUUAGGUGAUACUAUACAUGUUACACUAUAUAAAAAGAAAAGGAAAAUGCGUAGGUUUAUGGUUAUUGGUCAGCAUCCUCCAUUUUAUACUUCCUUCUCCCACAGCCCCCUCUUGUUGUUUGUCCACUCCGACAACAAAGUUGGGGAAAUAUAAUCCUACUAUUAACGUCCUAUAGUUCUCCACUAGUGGUAAGUAAGGGGGGUAAGAUAAACAGCUCCAGGCAAAUAAAACGUGUUAUUGACUCCAUCAAAACCCAUUCAACUUAUGUUGAAUAUUAUAGCUUAAACCAGUUAUCCAGGGGCACCAUAUGCACCCCAACCCCUUGGAUGUUGCUCCCGGUGGCCUAAAAGCAGGGGCUUAUUUUUGAAUUCCUGGCUUGGAGGCAAGUUUUGGUUUUAUAAAAACCAGCUGAACUGGCAAACAGAGCCUCCGGUACGUUGCCAGUCCAUAUGCCAAAUAUCAAAUAGCCAACAACAGCGCUUGUUUGGAACCCCCAGGAACCAUUUUCUUGCUUGUGUUGCUCCCCAAGUCUUUUUACAUUUGGCUCACUGUUAAAUAAAUAAGGCUGGAGGCCUUCUUUGAAGAAGAACCUAUCACAACAGACGAGGACCUUGAUCUGCUAUCUACAGGCAAACAGAUGUUCCCUUUAGAGCAAAGCAUCCAAUACAAAUGAUUUUUCUUUACUUGCUCAAUGAUAUGUGAGAGAUAGUUACCGGGUAAGGUUGUGUUUGUGCUUGGAAAUGACUCCAACAUGGAGUCUCCUUUCAUAUGUGAAUCAUGGAGCUAUGAGCUUUGGGGCCAAGGGUAUAACUAGGAGGUAUAGGGCUCCCAAUGGGGCACUGGCUCAAAAGCAAUUUCAAUAGGUUAAUAAAAAAUGCCUUAUCCCCCAAUAUUUAGGGUUACACCAUUGUUUGGGGCA